GGAUAGGUCUCUACGGGAAUGGGCCCCAAAGAUAGAACGAUCCAUCUCUCCCUGUUGAAACUUUUCCUCAGUUCUUAGUUCGUAGUCGGCGGAGUGUUUUGAGUUGUUUUUCAAUUUACAUUUUCUUGCGAGUCCUCCUUUUCGAUAUUUUAAUUAAUACAUUUUUUUUAACUUUGAUUGGAAAGUUGUAAAAUAAUAAGAAUGGAAGCGAAGUAAUUAUUCGAAAGGAAUUUCCGUGAAAUCGGCAAAGAUUACGCAAUGUGAACUGGUUCAGGGAUAAUUACUCAACAAUUAAUAUUAACAAAAUUCCUGGAUGCUGGAAAAACGAAAAUUUAGUUGUAAAUAUCUUUUAUUCGACAACGAAUGCGCCAAUUAGAUUGCAGUAAUUAUCGACUUUCUCUUCAAAAACAUCCCGAUUUGCACUUAUAAAUCAACAGAUACCCACGCAUCAAAUUUGGUGGAAAAAUAAAAAUAUUUUCUUAAUUUCUUAAUUUUGAACUUUCCAAAGAAGAAAAUUCAAAAGUGAAAUUCCCCGUUCGGUAUUUACGCAUCCUGGACCGACAGACUGAUUUUCUCCUUGUAAUUUUUCAACAAGAGGUGGAGAUUUCUAAAACAAAUCUUAUCUAAAAAUAACGUGAAUUUAUUUUGAGAAAAUUUCUCGCACGGACGAUACAACACAGAUGCAAUCUGUGCGUUCAUCUGAAUAACGUGCGCGCCGCGCUGUGAAAAGUGUUGGUGCAAAUUGAAUGACUUCGACCGGAAUGACUUCGAUUUUUUCUUUAAUUCGACCUUUUCACUAUUUUUUCAUUUUAUUUUAACAAUAGAAUCUCCGAAACAAAAGCGAGUGUAACCGGAAUAGUUAAGUUUUAGCGGUUAGUGCGAAAAAAAAUUAAGCAAGUAUCAUCGAAAACGGAAAAGAUUUUCAAACCAUCGAAAUUGGAAAUCUAUGGCUCCCACUGUUGCUCCGAAAUUGUCACCAUCUGUACUGAACCCUAUGCAAAGGUCAUAUUCAAAAAUGGGUUUCGACGGAUUGGAUUAUUUGAACUGCACGGAAGCUCUGACCACUCUACCUGCCAAUGGAUCAUCGAAUCUAUUCGGUAGCAGCGGAGGAACUUCCAGUAACUCAAAUAACUAUUACGGGCAGAAUUACCAAUGGUAUUAUCUGCCGUAUGACCAAACUCAGGAUUCUUAUGUGUCCGCAUCGAAACUGCUAACACCGACAAUAUGGAGUCCAUUCUCGACGGCUCAAAAUUAUUCGAUAAACUCACCGAGUCCAGUAACAGAUGUUGGAGGAAACACAACUCUUCUGGGACCGACAACGAACGAUAUCAUAUCCGAUCUUUGUGAGCGAUUUAACGAUUUCAGUUUUUUAAAUGUUGCUACCGCCACACGACCUCAAAAGCCACAUAAACAACCGCCGCCCAACUAUUUAUGCCAUUUGUGUUUUAAGAAAGGACAUUAUAUACGUGAUUGUCCACAGGCAAGACCAAAAGGCGAAGGUAAAACACCUUAUCAGGGUAAAAAACGUUGUUUCGGCGAAUACAAGUGUCCAAAAUGCAAACGAAAGUGGAUGUCGGGAAACUCAUGGGCGAAUAUGGGUCAAAAAUGCAUAAAAUGCAACGUCAAUGUAUAUCCGCACAAGCAACGCCCUCUCGACAAACCAGACGGUUUGGAUGUCUCCGAUCAAUCGAAAGUUCAUCCCCAGUUACUCUGCGAGAAAUGUAAGAGUUUAGGCUACUAUUGUCGUAGAGUUCAAUAAAUAAAUGUUUGAAAAUGAAAUAACGAAAAAAACCAUUUAAAUAUCAAUCCAACUCAAAUCAAAGUAUAAUAAUUUCAUUGAAUGGAAGAAAUUAAUAUCGAACGAACUGGACUUAAUUGAUAUUGAACACUGUUCCACUACUUUGACUACGCAAUGUGAUCCACCAACAGUUGAUAAAUGUGUACAGAAAAAGGGAUCUUUCUGAAACCUGCAUUGUAUUGUGUGUUUGUAUAUGUAUAUUUUUGGUUUUUAAAUUGAAGAAGUUUUCUUAUUCUACAUUUAUUUUGAAGACAUUUUAUAAGUUUUCUAUUUAUUUCUAUUUUCAAUUUGAAUUUUCCUUUUAAGUAAAUGAAUCCUGCGAAUGUACUCAUUAUUUUAAAUUUAUAAUCAAAUCAGCCAAAAGAAUUGUUGGUUUGAACAACGAAAUUUUAUGGAGUUGCAUUAAGAUUUUAUAUAAAUGCUUUUGGCGAAUAAUACGUUAUAUUCUUUAAUUUGUAAAAGUUUAAAAUAAUUUUAAUAUUUUGAGGAGAAGUCCUUAUACGCAGCGACAAAUUUUGAAUAUGUUAAAGAAAUGAUUAAGCAUUAUUUAAUCGACUAUAUAUAAAUGAAGUUGAAUCGCAUUGGUGCCUCUAUGAAAAUACUGAAACGAUGAUUACUUUUUGUACAUUUAUUCUAUGGAAUUUAGACGUAUAUUUGUUCAAGACAGAAUAAUUUAUAUUGUAUGAAAAUAAAUGUUUAAAUUUUAUACCAAA